CGUCAGACGCUGGUGUUCAGAGACAGUAGCGGGGGGGGCGCCAUCAGAUCCACAGCUCAGACCCGCAGAUCAGAUCCUCCAGCAGCUACAGGAGCCUUAUAGCCGCUGCGUGACUGAAGACCUGGUGCUGGAUCGGCGGUGUGUGUGAGCAGGAUCAUUCUGAGGAAAGAAGACAUGUCCUCGGACAAGACUGGCUACCCCAUAAUGGGGGAGAACAAACCCCAGAACGUCUACGGACCACCUCAGCCUGAUGCUUUCGGGAUGCCACCACCCAACUACACCCAGGCCCCAGGCGGGCCCCCAUAUGGAGCGCCAGGACCGUACGGCCAGCCUGGUUAUCCCCAGGGAGCCCCGGGAUUUGGACCUGGAUCCUAUCCCCAAAUGCCAUACCCCCAAGGUCCAUAUCCUCAAGGCCCUUACCCCCAGGGACCAUACCCACAGGGCCCCUAUCAGCAGGGUCCUGGACAGCCUGGAUUUGGUAUGGAUCCAAAUGCUCCCAUGGGCAGCCCGGGCUACCACGGUGGAGAUGGCCCCCCUUCUUACUAUGACAAUGAGGAGUUUGCCAACUCUGGAUGGGAGGAUAAGAGUAUCCGACAGGCCUUCAUCAGAAAGGUCUUCAUGGUCUUAACAGUACAGUUGAUGGUGACGUUCUCCUUCGUUGCUGUUUUCACAUUUUCCAAUGAUGUCAAACUGUUUGUGCGGCAAAACCGGUGGACAUACUACGUGUCCUAUGUAGUCUUUUUUGUGUCCCUUAUAGCGCUCAGCUGCUGUGGAGAGUUUCGUCGCAAACACCCAUGGAACCUGGUGGCACUGUCCAUUCUAACACUAAGUCUGUCCUACAUGGUGGGGAUGAUUGCCAGCUUCUAUAACACAGACUCAGUCAUCAUAGCUGUGGGCAUCACUUCAGUGGUGUGUUUCUCUGUGGUGAUCUUCUCCCUGCAGAGCAAAUAUGACUUCACUUCCUGCCGUGGUGUCCUCUUUGUCUGCUUAAUAGUGCUGAUCCUCUUCUCAUUCCUUUGCAUGGUAAUCCGUCACAAGAUCCUGCACAUCGUCUAUGCCUCUUUGGGGGCUCUGCUCUUUACCUGCUUCUUGGCCGUGGACACUCAGCUUCUGCUAGGCAACAAGAAGCUGGCCCUCAGCCCAGAAGAGUACAUCUUUGCUGCUCUGAACCUCUACACUGACAUCAUCAACAUCUUCAUGUACAUCCUGGCUAUCGUGGGCCGCUCCCGGGAGUGAGGGCUCCCUCUGGCGAAGAGGAAACGAGGUGCAUCCAACUACACACGGAAUGAAAGCGUUGCACUGUUUUUAUCAUCUCAUCUCGCUGUCCCUGUAGUCUGUCCUCCCCAUAACUCCUCCUUUCUCAAGGUUUACUCUCUUUAGCAGAUGUACAGGGUGGUAAGCUGUAUAGCUUUAUGCAUCCAGAAGGGCAUAUUUUUAACUUAUUUAUUUAGACAGAAGAAGAGUUCUGUUAAAUUUUGCAUUUUGUCUUCUCCGUGCUCAGCCCCUCAUGUUGAAACUGAAGCUUUGUGCAUUUGGAAAUGGUAGAGUGUAGUAGAAUGCCUCACCAAUUGCAUCCAAACAGCAUGAGCACAACCUGUGUCUUUUGUUUUCCACCCUCCUGAUGUCUGAGCUUGGCACUCUGCCUGGUAAUGUUAGCACUGCAGUAACUGAGAGAGAGAGAGAGAGAGAGAGAGAGAGAGAGAGAGAGAGAGAGAGAAAGGAUGGCAGGAAGUUGACAGAGAGAACAGAGAUAUGCUGAUUAAGGAGACAAAGCUCCAGAAUGGGAUGGGAUGAUGAUCGAUCGAAUCGACCCUUGUCUUCGUGUCCCUUUCUAUUCAUCCUCACCAGUCUGUGAACUGGUGUUCUGCAUGCUAAGCUAAAACAGCAAAGAAUAAAUAAAUGACAAAUCUGAAAACGAUCAGAGAUACAGUACCUGUCCAAAUGCCUGCUUCAAUGUAGCUGUAAAUAUUUGUACGAAGCUCAAGCCCCUCCCCCUUUGGCUCGAGGCAUGUCUGUAUGUAUAAAUAGCCGUGGUGCUCUGCGGGGAAACAUGAAAUCACCUCUUUUAGGAAGCAAAGACCAAAAAUAGGAAAAAUAGUCCUCCAAGUAUGGGAGGCUUCAAGUUAAUUGAAGUGGACUUACUUCUCUUACUAACCGAACACUAAUUUAAAGCUAACACACGAGCUGUGUAUAUAUUUAUGCAAUAUAUACCAUGUUUUGGUGAGUUUCGUAAUUAUUAUAUGUUAUAUUAUGCCAUACUUACACCACUGGGCUGCUUUAUUACCACCACCUCCUGGAUUUUACUUCUUAUUGACCAUUUUAUUAGCUCUACUUAUAGGAACAUAUUGAAAGUCUUUGUAGUUCUUUGAUUAUCGACUGCAGUCCUUCUGUUUCUCUAAAAAAAGUGUUAGUGUGUGUUGUUCUGGUACAAGUAGAUUAGACACAGCAGUGCCGUUGGAGUUUUUAAACACAGUUUUUAAGCACAGUUUAUGUUGGUGAUUAUUUAGCCAUGGAUCAGAGCUCACAAAAAGCUGCACACAGGAUGCUUUUGACUGGAUAUUUCUGAUCGGUGGACUCACUGACAUUGACGUGUUUAAAAACUCCAGCAGCACUGUCGUGUGUGGUCAAAUUGUACCAAUAUAACACACACUAACACAACAACAGCAUGUCCGUGCAGUCCCUGCACCCUGCAGAGUCCUGGCCAUUGAAGAACAGGUGAAAGGAGGGUAAUAAUAAAGUAUACAGAGAAACAGAUACAGGACUACAGUCUUUUAUUAUAGAGCCACACAGUGUCCUCCUAUAUGCUCAGUGGAGCUUAUCAAAUUGUGAAUACUGAGCGUAGAAGCAAGGAGGUGGUUUUAAUGAAGUGGCUUGUUGGUGUAUACAUUGAUAUUUCUUUUUUGAUUGAAGGGAAGUGUGAUUUGUGCAGUUUGUGCUUUUUGUUUUGUUUCAAAAACGCAGUAUUUGAAGUUUCAUGAAGGCCAUUUGAUAUGAUUUUUUCUCCUUUCCUCCUUUAUUCUUUAUUAGUUUUUGAACUUCUUAUUACUUUGUUUUGUAUUUAUGUAGCAUCCUGUGUCUGUUUUCUUUAUUUCACCUGAUGUGAAAUAUUUUUUCUUACAGUUCUGUAAAGCUACUAAUAAUGUGCUAAUUAUUAUAAAGCAAGGGGGCCAUUUAUAGUGUUGCGUUAUUUAUUAUCUAUUUAUUACACAUUACUAUAGCGCUCAGGACUGGAGAAGAAGGAUUAGACAGCUACGAUGGUUGUGUUUCUUCUUCCAGGAAUAAUUAAUUGAGUUAAGGGAAAUGCUCCUCACUUGUGUAGGCCUUUUCAGCACAGAUUGGUAUGAUAGAUUAGAAAAAGCAUUGAUCCAGCAGGAAAACCCUGUUCCUGGAUCAUUUCCAGCUCAUCCACAAUCCAUCUAACCACAUUUGCUAUUGUGGUAGGUCUAGAUUAGCACUUUACUCUGAGAAGCUUGAUGAGUGCCACCACACAGGUCUCCCCACAUCAGCAUAGAAUGGUCUCGAUAAGCUGAAUUUUAAUUCACAUGGGCUGAAAAACAGCAAAUGAGCUGGCAAAUAUAUGUAAAUCUGUAAAGUAAACUUGUACACAGACUCACUUAUUAAUCUACUAUUUCUUGGCUGGAAUGUGAUUAGACAGUGUCUUCUCUCUUGUCACUAUUUCAUGUUACCCCAGUUGCACAGUUCUUCUCUAUCUUGCAUGCGGAGACAUCACACACUGGACUAGAUGUUAAGAGACAUGUUUGAAGAUAAUAUUGAAUUUUACUAACGUGGUGCAGCUCUGUUUUAAACAGCUGAUGAACAGUUUUUGUGUAUGUAACUAACUCCUGUUUAAAUGAUAGUGGAACGAGGUGUGUAAAGUACAUUUUAUUGCUUUGUAGUUUUCUUUGCACUGUAAAUAUGCAUUAAAAUGAAGUUGGAUUGUAUUCACCUACA